AUGAAAUAAAAUAGAGUUUCUAUAUUGACAAAAUAAAAUAUAAGAUAUGAAGGAAUUGUUUAUGCAAUAGAUAAAAUUAGAAAAACUGUGUUCCUUAAAGAAGUAAAGUGCUUUGGGACUGAGAAUAGAGAAGCUACAGUUUUUAUUCCUCCCUCAACAAAAAUCACUUAAAUGGCUGAGUUUAAUAAUGAAUAGAUUUUAGAGAUUAAAAAAUUAAGCAACAAUGAAUUUCCGGAACAUUUGCCAAGUACUCUCAAUGAUCAAAUGCAGAGUUCUUAGAAGGAGAAGAUAGUUUCUCAAAUACUAAACCAAAGUUGCACCUACGAGAUGAACAGAUCACCUUUGCCCUUAAUAAACAAUACUAAAAAAAGAUAUUAAAUGUCGUAAAGCCCAGAUCAUAGGAAACACGAUUAGAAACCUACAUAUAUAACAAAUAAUUAUUUGUAAAUGAAGAAAAUGGAAUAAUUCAAAAAAAUGCUUAUGUUUAGAAAACAAAGAUGA